AUGGCAUUCGCGGCAAUUAAUUCUGCUGGUGCUCCAGCCAGCGCCCCUAUAACCGCCAUCGAAGAGGCCUUUGCGACCGAACCAUCUUUAAAGAAACGAGUCUACGAGGCGAUCGGAAAUACACCGCACCAUACACCUUUGUUUGAAGAUCUUGCUCGACAUACCUCUUCCCUGCUGGCCAGGACCGCCAAUACAUCAUCCCUCCCGUUCGUGCAGCCGCCCAGCGAUGGACCAGCGGCAAAGAAGCGCAAAGUUGAAAAUGGACAGCCGUUGGUGCCGGCGCAAGUGUCUGUCGAUAUGAAAGACCCUAACGCCCCGCUUCAAUUCUAUGUGCAAGAUGUUUCUUUCGCCAUACCGCUGCGCAAAAAGCUCAUGCUUGAGGUAACCGCCGGGGGCGGUUAUCUUCGUGCAAGGAAUCAGGCUACAAAGGAGAUUGAAUUUGGAGUGCCUAUGGACCGAAUUCGUCACGCUUUGUGUCUCCCCGUGCCGGAGAAAACGCAGAAACAAUUCAACUUUUGCAUUAUUCCUGAGUUUGCUGAUGGAAUCACACCGCCACCGGAGGGCAUGACUGCCUCUGAUUGUAUGGUUUUCACAGUGGCCGAUGGUCCUGCUAAAGCUGCGUUCUCUGGAUCAGGACAACAAGUCGGACAUAAUGAGGGGGAGACUGCGGAAGGUUUCAUUCGUAAGAUUCUAAAUGACUAUCUGCCAAACACAAAUGUGGUGAAGCCCGAUGAGAGGCAAUUUGUGAGCGCUACGCCAGAGGCCCACCGAAAGGGCGAGAAGGCUUUCCAUGUCAAGGCAUUCAGAGGUAGCAAAGAAGGAUAUCUUUUCUUACUAUCUACUGGAAUCUUGUUUGCCUUCAAGAAGCCCUUGCUAUUCUUUUCAUUCGAUACGAUUGAAUCGAUCUCUUAUACCUCUGUCCUUCAGCGAACAUUUAACCUCAAUGUUCUAGCCCGGCCACAGAACGGGUCUGAAGAAGAUCAGAUGGAACUCGAAUUUUCCAUGAUUGACCAGGCUGAUUUUGAUGGGAUUGAUACCUAUAUUAAACGGCACGGCUUGCAGGACGCAAGUCUGGCUGAUGCCCGACGCGCUAAGGUAUAUAAUGUCAAUGGCGGCAAGAAUCAGGAUCCAGCUGCUGCGGCCGCGGCCAAUGCUGGUGCUGAAGACGAAGAGAGUGAAUUACAAAAAGCCCAACGUGAGCUCCUAGAUCAGGAGGAAGACUCAGAGGAUGAGGAAGACUACGACCCUGGUAGCGGGGAUGACAGCGGAGGAAGCGGCGCGAGUAGCGAUGAAGAUUCCGACGACGACGAUGACGAAGAUGAAGAGGACGAGGAGGAAGACGCCGAUCAAGAUGCGGAUGGCGAUGAGGAUCUCAUCAAACGGGGGGCCGGUAAUGAGUAG